CUGAGCAAUAGUUUGUCCCAAAGCCAUGUGACUUGCAUCACAUGAUUGCAUUGCCUUUCAGUGACAGACAUUUUGAAAACACACUGAUGUCAGCAGCAGAGAAACAGCGAAGAUACCGGGCUCGACGAGAUGCUGAUCCCUCAAGAAGGGCACAAUAUUUAGAAAAGCAAAGAGAGGCCUGGUACAGACUAAUAAGACAUGGAAAGGUGAAACCAGUCGCAGAGUUGAGUGAGAGUGAGAAACAAACCAAAAGAGACCAAUGGAGAAAAGCACAGCAGAGAAGAAGACAAAGAAAACGAAUGCUAGAAAACAUGAUUAGUCCAAAAGACAGCAAUGAAUUUGAACAGCCACCUACAGAAUCAAGGAGUCGAAUGGCCUCUGUUGUUACAGUGAAGACAGAGAAGCGUCCUUCCCAUGACUCUGAGGAUGGCGACACAGUGGCUAAGAAGGCCAGGAAGUUGUUGCCCAGCCUGAAGACCAAGCGUGCUCCUGAGCUGGUGCUGGUGAUCGGCACGGGGGUGAGUUCAGCUGUAGCUCCUCAGGUGCCCGCGCUGCGCUCCUGGAAAGGUCUGAUCCAGGCGCUGCUAGAUGCUGCCAAUGACUUUGAUCUGCUUGAGGAGGAAGAGAGCCGCCGCUUCCAGAAAAGUCUGCAAGAGGACAAGAACCUGGUGCAUGUUGCUCAUGACCUUAUCCAGAAACUUUCACCGAGGACAGGAAAUGUACGCUCCACCUUUUUUAAAGACUGCCUCUAUGAGGUGUUUGAUGACUUGGAGUGUAAGAUGGAGAAUGCUGGGAAACAUCUCCUCCGCUCCGUGCUGCAGUUGAUGGAGAGUGGCGCGCUGGUCCUCACCACCAACUUUGACAAUCUGCUAGAAAUUUAUGCCGCCCACCAAGGGACCAAGCUGGAGUCUUUGGAUCUCACAGAUGAGAAGAAGGUUCUGGAGUGGGCUCAGGAGAAGAGAAGACUGAGCGUACUCCAUAUUCACGGUGUUUACACAAACCCCAGCGGCAUCGUCCUGCAUCCUGCUGGCUACCAGAACGUUCUGAGGAACACAGAAGUCAUGAGGGAGAUCCAGAAACUCUAUGAAACCAAGUCUUUUGUGUUCCUGGGCUGUGGGAGGACAGUGGAUGACACCACCUUCCAGGCACUGUUUCUCGAGGCGGUCAAACACAAGUCUGACCUUGAGCAUUUCAUGCUGGUGCGGCGAGAGGAUGUGGGCGAAUUCAAGAAGCUCCGAGACAACAUGCUGGACAAGGGCAUUAAGGUCAUCUCGUACGGCAACGAAUACGCCGACUUGCCGGAGUACUUUGAACGACUGGCCAACGAGAUUUGCAACCGGGAUGUGGACCGGGAUGUGGUCACCAAUGGCUGGGGAUCUCCCAUCUCACAAGGCGAAGAAAGUCAAAAUGGCUUUACGACCCAGAAAAACCUCCUGCAAGUGCAUGCUUCUAGAACGAUAGAAACAUGAAUGCAGCUCAAGGGCUUCUGUUGUUGUUUUAUACUCACCUUCCCACUGUAUUCCUCUGCACCCGUGGCUUCCCGUGAUGAAAUCAGCUGAUGCACAAAUGUAAUGAGACCUUCAUUGUAGCUCUUCCUCUUUCCCUGUCCAGACUACCACUCGUGACACAAGUGGCAGUCUGGGAUCGUUUCCACAGCUCCGCCGCCCCCUUCCGCUCGGAUCUGGUAUGACUAGAUCUUCACGCACAACAGACUCAUUUCUCAUACUUAAACCGAGCGCCGCCAGUACCGGUUCGCUUCACACGGGAAAGGCGUCAGUAAAAGCACCACCAAGCGAACUGUGAACUCCUGCAACUCGGAAAAUGUUUAUGAAACUCUUCAUGUGAGUGAGGGAGAAUUUUUUUUUUUAAUGUGGUUUUAAGUGAAGUGUGGACCAAGAAUGAUGUUCAGGGCAGUCUGAUCUUAAAUAUGAGCUGUCAAAUUCCAAAACAUUUGAACAGGAGUGUUAGUAAUGCAGUCUCACUUCCCAUUUUUCACAUCAGUAAAAGCACCAGCAAUAUUAAAAUUGAUUGUGUGAACCUCACAAAAUUAUCAAGAAAUGUCCAUGUCAAAUUUCACCUCUAAAUAAGUGUAUAUAUAUAUAUAUAUAUAUAUAUAUAUAUAUAUAUAAGUGUUAACAUGGUUAAUUUGGCAUUGCAACAUAAUUUUAUCACACCUAAACACUGCCCACCUUCAAAUUCAGAUUACUGUAAUGUGAAAAAUCCCUCAUUUAAAAAAAAAAAAGAAUUCUUAGUACUACUUUACAUAGUACAGUAAAAUUAAAUGUUUAAUGAUAGCAUUUGCUGUAAUAAAUAAUGAAUUAAAAUAAUGAUUUUAAUAAAAUUGCAAGAAAAUUUUUUUUUUAUUCUGUGGCAGAAACAAGCUUCCAUAUACAGUAUUUUGAGAAUUACAGUAUACAGAAAUGCGAGAUGUAAACUCAGAAUUCUAUGAAAAAAGUCAGAUUUGUUAGAAAAAUGUUGCAUUUAUCUUUUUAUUCUGUUGUGGAAACAAGCUUCCAUAUACAGUACACACACAUACAUUUUUAUUGGUUGAAAUAUGACUCAGGACAUUUCUUUUGUUACUAAAUCUGUUCUGUAAGGAGGAGGAAAUGCAAUAAAUGCUUUGUCAGAGUGACUGAGGUGUGACUCAAAAUUCAUGUGAUUUCUCAGGCUUUACUUAUAGAAGCAUUUCAGCUUCCAUGAAUCUACUUGAACUUUUCACAAGACUAAUGAGGAUAAUGAUAUAAUGCCAUCAUUCCUCUCAAGCCACACAACUUUCAAGACAUUUUAUUGCACUUUGACAGUUAGUCCCCAUUUAUAGUCGUAAAUGCUUAGUCAAUAAUGCUCAAAAAAGACAUGUAAACAGUUGUUUAUAAACCUUUUGUAUUUUAACUCCAGUGGUCCACUGUUUUAUCAUCUCUGUCCACAAAUGUCUUUUAGGUAUUUAUAUGCUAUUUUAAAAUAAAGCAGGUCUGUUUGGUACCAAA